GAGACGCUCGGAGGAAGAACCAGGAUCCCUGGGCUGCAUCAGCACGGAGGGCUCAGCAGAGCUGGGAAGGAUUUCACCUUGUUGCUGUUUGUUUCGGGAGAUUUUCACUCCCCCCCCGCCCCGGACACUGUCCAGCUGAGCGUUUGUUUCCUUGCUGCAUCCACGAGCGGCCUGAAAAAAAAAAGCGCUUUUCCAUGUUAAGAGGUGAUUUUUGUCGUGGUCUCCCUGCGAGGAAGAGAGCGGCACCAGCCUCCGAGAAGGGAGACGGGAUCAACUAAGGUUUUCCCUACCUCCGGCUGAACGUGAGAGUUCAAGUGACACCGGCACUGGCCUGUGGCUGACUGACUGCACGGCGAGCUGGAAUCACAGCCAGAGCUGCUCAAUUUACCUGCUCGAGGACCCUUCAAACCCUUCUAUUGACGGUAGAGAUUUGUAUCCCAAGGAAAAUCGGAUUAAUAUAAACUAUGCAGAGCUUUCCGGGGAUAUCUGGAGACUACUCUGUCUGCAUGGCUAAUCUUGAAAUUGUCUGAAAUAAAUCCUCAGCGCAAGGAAUAACGAGAUACUUUCAAUUAGUUUUUUUUCCUUGACGCUUUUUUUUUUCCCUUCUGCGAGAAUUUAACACUUCCAUUGGAGGGUUUUUACAGGAGAAUGGGACACAUGCUGGAAAACUCACCACGCUUCAUAAAAAUCACGGGGGUAACAGUUUCCAUCAGCGUUGCGGUAUGAAAGGUUCUCGAUGGAUUGUCUGCUGGUGGCUACGAUGGAUCAGUCUUUCCCUGUUCCUGUUUGCGAUGUGCUGAAGGAUCCGGAUUUAGUGAAAUACUGACGCCUAUAAACUUACUCCCUCUCUGCUGAAGGCAUCGGAUCUGACAGUGCAGAGAAACAUGUGUUUCACAUUUCUGACUGGUUGUUUUGGUGCAAUCAAUACCUCCACAAGAAACAUUGACUUAGGUGGCGACUGUCAUAGCGGGAGGCACACGGAGUGCAGCUCUCGGCUUGCAGGCACAGUGAGCACAAAUCAAAGAGCCCGCCGUUCCUGGGAAGCGGGGGCUUCGCUUCCCCCCAGACUGCGGGGCAGAGGCUCCCGACCCACCCCGGGGAGCCCGGCCCGGCGGUGCGGAAUGAGCAAUGACCAAAGCGCUGUCAGGAGUGGCGGGCAGUCGGAUCCGAUGGGGAUCAGUGAGGCAAUAGCGGUGGAAAGAAAGGUGGAUCGCGAAAUUAUUGCCCGAAGGAAUAGCAGGCGAGGCGGAAUGAUGAUAAAGUUAAACUUCUGUUUCAUCUUCUGUCGGGGAUGGUGGGCGUUUCUGUUGCUUCAGCUCCACAUGUUGCAAGCACUGGCACAAGAUGAUGUUGCACCAUACUUCAAGACAGAACCAGGCCUGCCCCAGAUACACCUGGAAGGGAACCGGCUGGUCCUGACGUGCCUUGCCGAAGGCAGCUGGCCCUUGGAAUUCAAGUGGUUACACAACGACAGCGAAAUCACCUCCUACUCCAGUGAAUAUAAGUACAUCAUCCCAGCUCUGCAGAGGUCUGAUGCUGGAUUUUAUCGGUGCAUUGUACGGAACAGGAUGGGGGCCCUGCUGCAGAGGAGAUCUGAAGUCCAAGUGGCAUACAUGGGGAAUUUCAUGGACACGGACCAGAGGAAAACAGUGACUGAAGGACAAGCUGCAGUUCUGAACUUCCCACGCAUCCUGAGCCAUCCAAGACCCCAAGUGACGUGGUUUAGAGACGGGCACAAGAUUAUACCAAGCAGCAGAAUAGCCAUCACACUGGAGAAUCAGCUGGUGAUCCUUGGAACAUCAGUGACCGACGCAGGAGGUUAUUAUGUCCAGGCAGUCAAUGAAAAGAAUGGGGAGAACAAGACAAGUCCCUUUAUUCAUCUCAACGUAGCAAGUGCUGCAGACCCCACUGAGCCCCUGGCUCCCUCCAUCGUGAUCCGCCCCCGCAACACCAGCGUGGUCGCCGGGAGCAGCGAGGCCACUCUGGAGUGUGUGGCCAACGCCAGACCUCUUGAGAGACUAAGUGUGACCUGGAAGAGAAAUGGAAUAAAGAUAACCAGUGGCAUUAGCAGCUUUGGGAGACGACUCACUAUCACCAACCCAACCUCUGCUGAUGUGGGGAUGUACUUCUGUGAAGCAAAACUGAGAGAGAGCACAGAGGAACCAGCAAGAGCGAAAGCCUUCCUUUCUAUACUGGAACCACCGUAUUUUACGGCUGAGCCCGAGAGCCUGAUUUUGGCUGAAGUGGAGAAGGACGUGGACAUCCUGUGCCAGGCCAUGGGUGUUCCCAUUCCCACCCUGGUGUGGUACAAGGACUCUGUUCCCCUCAGCAAGCUGGAAAACCCCCGUUACAAAGUGCUGCUGAGUGGUGGGCUGAGGAUCCACUCCCUGCGCCCUCAGGAUGCCGGAAUCUUCCAGUGUUUUGCCAGUAACAAAGCUGGGGAGAUCCAGACAUACACCUACCUGGAUGUGACCAACAUUAAACCAGCAUUUAUCCAGCCUCCAGAGGAUACCACAGUCACAGAAGGCAUGACUGCAGUGCUGACCUGUGAAGUGUCAGGGGCUCCAAGACCUGCCAUCUCAUGGAAGAAAGGGAACCAGAUCUUAGCCAGUGGCUCAGUUCAGAUUCCUCGCUUCGUUCUUCUCGAAUCUGGAGGGCUCCAGAUAACACCCGUUUUCCUCCAGGAUGCUGGCAAUUAUACUUGCUGUGCAGUCAACUCUGAAGGAGCUCUGAAUGCUUUUGUGAUGCUGACAGUGUGGAAUCGCACCUCCAUCAUCCGCCCUCCCGAGGACAGCACUGUGAUCAAAGGAACCACAGCCACCCUGCACUGUGAGGCGACUCAUGAUCCCAGAAUUUCAAUCAGGUAUCUUUGGAAGAAGGACAGUGUUGUAAUAAAUCCAUCCAGCAGUUCCAGGAUCACAGUAGAGAAAGAUGGAACCCUCCUCAUCAGCCAGACAUGGUCAGGUGACAUUGGAGAUUAUACCUGUGAGGUCAUUUCUUCUGGAGGAAACGACUCCAGAAUGGCUCGACUGGAAGUGAUUGAGCUGCCUCAUUCCCCUCAGAAUCUUCUGGCCACUCUGAAUUCCUCCCACAGCCGGAGCGUGAUGCUCUCCUGGGUGCGCCCCUUUGAUGGGAACAGCCCCGUGCUCUACUACGUGGUCGAGCUCUCUGAGAACAACUCUCCCUGGAAGGUUCACCUCUCAAACCUUGACCCCAAGAUGACCAGUGUCACCGUGAGUGGACUCACCCCAGCCCGGACCUACCAGUUCAGGGUGUGUGCAGUCAACCAGGUGGGAAAGGGCCAGUACAGCACUGAGACCAGCAGGUUGAUGUUACCAGAGGAGCCCCCCAGUGCCCCACCAAAAAACAUAGUGGCCAGUGGACGAACCAAUCAGUCUAUUAUGGUCCAGUGGCAGCCUCCUCCUGAGAGUGAGCAUAAUGGAGUUCUUCAUGGGUACAUCCUAAGGUAUCGCCUGGCCGGCCUCCCUGGAGAAUACCAGUAUAAGAACAUCACCAGUGCAGAAAUCAAUUACUGCUUAGUGAAAGACCUGAUCAUUUGGACCCAGUAUGAAAUCCAGGUGGCAUCUUACAACGGAGCUGGGCUGGGAGCCUUCAGCAGACCCGUGACAGAGUACACUUUGCAGGGAGUGCCCACGGCUCCACCGCAGAACGUGCAAGUCGAAGCCGUGAACUCCACAACCAUCCAGUUCCUCUGGAACCCUCCACCCCAGCAGUUCAUCAACGGCAUUAACCAAGGAUACAAGCUUCUGGCCUGGCCGGUGGAUGCUCCGGAGAGUGUGACUGUGGUCACCAUCGCUCCGGAUUUCCAUGGAGUCCACAGUGGCUGCAUCACCAACCUGAAGAAAUACACCACUUACUACACCUCAGUCCUGUGCUUCACCACGCCAGGGGACGGCCCCCGGAGCACACCCCAGCUCCUGCGCACCCUGGAGGACAAGCCGGGAGCAGUGGGACACCUGAGUUUCACCGAGAUCCUGGACACCUCGCUCAAGGUCAGCUGGCAAGAACCUGUAGAGAAAAACGGCAUCAUCACAGGGUACCAGAUCUCCUGGGAGGUGUAUGGCAGGAACGAGUCUCGCCUUGCCCGCACACUGUCCAACACAACCCUGGAGUACAAGAUCACGGGGCUCUCGUCCCUCACCACCUACACCAUCGAGGUGGCAGCUGUGACCGCGAAAGGGAGCGGAUGGGUCACAUCCUCCACCAUCUCCUCUGGUGUGCCCCCAGAACUUCCAGGUGCUCCAUCCAACCUGGUGAUUUCCAACAUCAGCCCUCGCUCUGCCACACUUCAAUUCCGUCCAGGAUACGAUGGCAAAACCUCCAUCUCCAAGUGGAUAGUGGAAGGCCAGGUUGGUGUGCUGGGUGAUGAGGAAGAAUGGGUGAGUCUUCAUGAGGUGGAGAAUGAACCUGAUGCUCAGAUGCUGGAGGUACCAAACCUUACUCCUUACACUCAUUACAGGUUCCGGAUGAGGCAGGUGAACGUGGUGGGUCCCAGCCCCCUGAGCCAGCCCUCCAGGGUCAUCCAGACGCUACAGGCCCCUCCAGACGUGUCCCCUGGGAGCGUCACCGUGCGCACGGCCAGCGAGACCAGCCUGUGGCUGCGAUGGGUGCCCCUGCCUGACACGCAGUACAACGGCAACCCGGAGUCGGUGGGGUACAGGAUCAAGUUCUGGCGUGUGGACCUGCAGUCCCCUGUCCUGAUGAAGGUCAUUAAUGACAGACUGGAGAGGGAGUACACGGUUGAAGACCUGGAGGAGUGGACAGAGUACGAGCUGCAGAUCCAGGCCUUCAACGCCAUCGGGGCAGGGCCGUGGAGCGAAGUCGUGAGGGGUCGAACCCGGGAGUCUGUUCCCUCUGCUCCUCCUGAGAAUGUCACUGCUGAAGCCGUGAGUUCCACCCAGAUCCUGCUGACAUGGGCUGCAGUCCCUGAGUCUGAGCAGAAUGGUCUCAUCCUGGGGUACAAGAUACUUUUCAAAGCAAAAGAUUUGGACUCUGAACCAAAGAGCCAGACAGUGAGAGGGAACCACACCCAGUCUGUCCUGCUCUCCGGCCUGCGGAAAUUCGUCCUCUACGAGAUCCAGGUGUUGGCGUUCACCCGGAUCGGAGAUGGAGUCCCCAGCUCUCCUGCAGUGAUAGAGAGAACCAAGGAUGAUGCCCCUGGCCCCCCUGUGAGGCUGGUGUUCCCCGAGGUGAGGCUCACAUCCGUACGGAUUGUUUGGCAGCCACCGGAGGAGCCCAAUGGAAUCAUUCUGGGGUACCAGGUCGCCUAUCGCCUGGCCAGCAGCAGCCCCAACAAGUUCACCACGGUGGAGGUCGGCUCGACAGUGCGGCAGUUCACGGCCACAGACCUCACCCCGGAGUCAGCCUACAUCUUCAGGACAUCUGCCAAGACCCGACAGGGCUGGGGGGAGCCCCUGGAAGCCACAGUGAUCACCACCGAAAAACGAGAACGACCAGCACCUCCCAGGCAGGUGAUGACCCCCCAGAGCGAUGUGUCCUCACGGAGUCUGCUGCUGAAGUGGGUCCCUGGAAGUGAUGGAUCUUCACCGAUCCGAUAUUUCACAGUCCAAGUGCGAGAACUGCCCAAUGGAGACUGGCAAACCUACUCCUCCUCCAUCAGCCACGAGGCGACAUCCUGCAUUAUCGAAAGCUUGAACCCCUUCACCUCUUACAAACUGCGAGUGAAGGCAACCAACGACAUCGGGGACAGCGACUUCAGUGCGGAGACAGAGGCGGUCACAACGCUGCAGGAUGUUCCAGAUGAACCACCCAGUUCUGUGUUAGUGACUCCCCACACGACUUCCUCUGUCCUUGUGCAGUGGCAGCCACCCAAAGUGGAGAGUCUGAAUGGUUUGCUAUUGGGAUACCGGAUCUACUAUCGGGAGCUGGAUUAUGACACUGGACCUGGAAGAGAAUCCAAAAACAUCCAGAACCCUUCAGCUUUACGAGCAGAGCUCACACCCCAAAGCAGCUUCAAGACAGUGAACAGCAGCUCUGCAUUAACGACGUAUGAAUUAACACAGUUGAAAAAAUACAAGAGAUAUGAAGUACUAAUGACAGCAUACAAUGUCAUUGGUGAGAGCCCUACCAGCACACCAGUGGAAGUGUUUGUGGGUGAAGCAGCACCGGCGCUGGCCCCACAGAACAUCCAAGUAAACUCCCUUUCUGCAAGCCAACUGGAGCUCACCUGGGACCCCCCUCCUGCCGACAGCCAAAAUGGGAACAUCCAAGGCUACAAGAUUUAUUACUGGGAGAGCGACACCCAGAAUGACACGGAGAAAGUGAAGGUCCUUUUCCUCCCAGAGACGACGGUCCGGCUGAAGAACCUGACGAGCCACACGCGGUACAUGGUCUGCAUCUCCGCCUUCAACGCCGCCGGGGACGGCCCCCGGAGCAGCCCCUCGCAGGGCAGGACGCACCAGGCGGCACCCAGUGCUCCCAGCUUCUUGGCGUUCUCUGAAAUCACUUGCACUACACUCAAUGUGUCUUGGGGCGAGCCGACAGCAGCAAAUGGAGUCCUGCAGGGUUAUCGAGUAGUCUAUGAGCCUCUGGCUCCCGUCCAGGGGGUGAGCAAGGUGGUGACUGUGGACAUUAAAGGGAACUGGCAGCGCUGGUUGAAGGUCCGUGAUCUCACCAAGGGCAUGACCUAUUUAUUCCGAGUGCAAGCCCGAACCAUUGCCUAUGGACCUGAACUGCAAGCCAACAUCACAGCUGGGCCAGCAGAAGGGUCUCCUGGCUCCCCUCAGGAAAUUCUGGUGACAAAAUCUGCUUCUGGGCUCACGCUACGGUGGACUGAGGGAGAUUCAGGAGAAAAACCCACAACUGGCUACAUUAUAGAGGCACGACCCUCAGAUGAAGGACUCUGGGAUAUGUUUGUGAAGGACAUCCCUCGCAGUGCCACCUCCUACACAGUCGGCCUGGACAAACUCAGACAAGGUGUCACCUAUGAAUUUCGGGUGGUGGCUGUCAACGAAUUUGGCUACGGAGAGCCAAGUGUUCCGUCCGUGGCAGUAUCAGCACAAACAGAAGCCCCUUUCUACGAGGAGUGGUGGUUUCUGCUGGUGAUGGCUCUCUCAAGCCUGAUCCUCAUCCUCCUGGUGGUGUUUGCAUUGGUCCUGCAUGGCCAGAGCAAGAAGUACAAGAACUGCAAUGGAGGUAAAACCAUCUCCAAUGUAGAAGAAUCAGUCACCCUGGAUAACGGAGGCUUCACUGCUCUGGAGCUCAACAGCAGACACCUGAACAUCAAGAGCACCUUCUCAAAGAAAAAUGGAACCAGGUCUCCUCCUCGCCCAAGCCCAGGGGGGCUGCACUACUCUGAUGAGGACAUCUGCAACAAGUACAAUGGAGCUGUGCUGACCGAGGGCUUGGGCCUCAAUGAGAAGCCCUUGGAAGUGUCGGAGUCAGAGGUCACAGACUCAGACUAUGAGGACGAGUUGCCAAAGCACUCCUUUGUGAACCACUACAUGAGCGACCCCACCUACUACAACUCGUGGAAGCGGCAGCAGAAAGGGGUGAAGCACCCGGCGUCCUACAGAUACGAGGAGUGCACGGCCAGCGAGACAGAACCCUAUUUCCAGACUGUCAUCACGACACAGAGCUCAGGAGGGGUGUACACCCCCACGGGACAGCCCGCGCCCGGCUCCCGGACUCCAGUGACAGGGUUCUCCUCCUUCGUCUGAGCCGGAGCUGGGGGACACGGCCGAGCCACGGGUGACACCCGGGGGACCCGUCGCAGGGACUGUGUGUGCGUGACCGGGGCGGUGAACUGUGGGUGACUCCUCUAUCAGGGUAGAAACGGAUGGGAACACAGAUGAGGCUGGGUUGGUGUUUUGUUUUUUUUCCCUGAAGACAAUCAACUCUAAAAAAAAAGAAAAAAAACGCGGAGCUGAACGAGCUGAACAUUUGUUUUAAAAAAAAAAAAAAAGAAAAAGACAAAAAGGAAUUCUGAAAAGCGAUGAUUUUAACCACUUGUGAAUAGUAGGGGUUUUUUAACUGCUUUUUGUAACACUGCUUCAGGAAGCAGCUCCCAUGCCCUUCUCUUUCCUCUUUCUUUCUCUCCCCUCCUUCUGUCCCACCAUUCCCAAACAAGCAGGUGAAUUCCCUAGAUGCAAUGAGUGACUUCGUGAUGUGAUUUGAAGAGAAAACAUAAAACCUUCCAGGCUCCUUUUUCUUCCUUUUUCUCUACUCUUUUUUUUUCUUUUUUUUUUCCUUUUUAAAUUUUUCCCUUUCAUCAAGGUCAAGUAGAAAAACAUAGAGAAGGGACAAAUUUUUAGGUGAAAAGCAGACACCUUCUCUCUCCUCUUCUCCUUGCUGCUCCCUACAUUAGGAGCACUGGCUGAUCAACGUAGGCUCAGAUGUGUCACUCUGUCUGCUCUAGCUCACUACUGGUGUAUUUAUACUGAAUUACUGACCUGCUUUUCUUUCUUCUUCAAAUGGGACCUGCUGCAUUCUUUAAAUAUUCCAACUCCAGGGCCUUUGGAAGAGAAGAUGGCUCAAAAGAGCACUGUAGGCAGCGGUGGGUGAAGCAAAUGGGAAGAAUUCAGAUGCAAGGUCAGUUUAUUUUUGGCGUGGCUCUAAUCCUCCCCUGUGGACUGCGUGUACCAUUUGAAUCAGUCAUUUUUUAGAAGUCGAAGGACACAACCCAGCAAGCCAGAGGAAUUUUUCAAUUAAAAUUGCAGUGACAAGCUAGAGAGUCUACUAAUUGAUGAGGGGUUUGAUCAUCAAAGUUAUCCUGCCCUGCCAACAGAAGUUGAGCAUCCUUUCUCACCCAGACACUGCAGUCCUGUUUACUGGUCUGUGAAAAAGUACACAGUGGCAGGGUUUGUUUGAUUUUAUUUCUUUUAGUACAAAGACACAUCACACAGACUAGGAGAGUUUUGGUGUCCACAGGUGCCUUUUAUUGAUUCUUCAGCUUCGUAUCUGGGAGAAGGAACAACAUGUCUCCAAAUAAAGCUAACCAGGUUUUUCAGGCAUUAGGGUCAUGAAUUACCUUGUGCACGUUUACAGCCUGUUUGUGCACUUGAAACUGUGACCCUUGGAAAGAAGAGAGGGGAGUUUUAGUUUAUUUUCCAUCCUUUUGUACAGCUCACUGUUUUUUUUCUUUUCUAUCCUUUUCACGAGUCUUUCAUGUUUUAGCAGCAAGUUAUUCACUCACAAGGAAGUUGUCAGAAUCCAAGUCCAGCCCUUGGACCUGAACAGUCCUGGUUCACCAGACUUUUUAUCGCAAGAGUUUCAAAGGUGAAUUUGGAAGGAGGCGAGUCCUUGCCACUCCAGCAUCUGGCAUUUCCUCCCAGGUGGAUCAGCCAGAAAAAUUGGUGCUUGCUAAAGUCCCAUCAGGGCACAUGUGGGCACUGUUACUGUUGAAAAUUGCCCCUGUCCUCUCUAGGGAUGUUGUUUUAUCUCAUCUGGGGAUGCAGGACAUCUGUGGCAUGGGGUGGUGGUGUCUUCAAGGCAGGUUGUUGAAACCAACCUGCCCAUGAGGCCUGGUUGGAGUAUCCUGGUGGCACCUCACCAGAACAGUUGAGGUUCAAGGGCAAACUCAGCCUCGCUGUCACCUUUCAGUGCCUCUUGGACAGGGCAAACAAUCUCAGAACUGCUUUUACUCUUUGGCACUGCCUCUGAGCACUGCUGCUCUUGGUGCAUGCAGAUUCUGGAUAGCUUUGGCACUGGAUUGCUGUUCCUCUCCAAAGGCUCCAGAAAGAAAAAGUCCAAAACCAAAAACUCCAGUGGGUGUGUUUAAGGGCUUUUGAGUUUGGGAUAAUGAUCCGCAGCUCAUUAGAUGGCGAGGGAUGCACAAAGACACGGGCUUGAGCCAAAACCCUGUGAGUCAUCCCCCUCUCUGCACCUGGGUAGGAUGUGUGUGGGAUGGAGAAGGGGCUCCAAAGAGGAUGACUUGGAGUUUGCUGUGAAGAGGAAUGCAAAGCAAACAAAAAACCCACUGCCUUCUGUGCACUUUGACUGUUCUCUUAAGCCAUAUGGACUUUGCUUUAAUUACUGAACUGCCAAAAUUUGUUUGCAGUCUGAGUUUUUUGUUUCUUAGACAAAAUUAUCUACGUGGCUUUCUGUUUCGUUUUCUUUUUCCUUUGUUAUUUUGUGCAUCAGAUUACAUAUUUUAAAUGCCUUGGUUUUAUACAUUUGCCAUAGCAGUGCAAUUGCUCUUGGAGUUUUAAUGGCGCUUAUCCAACAGGUAUGAGAGGUAGUGCUGCAGGAGGAGCCUUUCAAGGACCACUAAGUACUUAGGGAUAUAGAUUAGUAGGAAGCAGAUCAAACACUGAAGAGUUUGCUCCAAAGGAAAGCAUAGUGUGAGUAGCUCCAUAUCUCCUGAAUAUUGCCAGAUCAGAAUUGGUGUAAGGUGCAGUUACUCCCUGGGGCUGAUCUGAUACCACAUUGAGCAAAAACAAAGCAAGAAAACCACGGGGAGUAAAGGAAAUGGACUUUGUGGCCACUGCUCUGCUGAAGGACAACACGGGGAGCAGCAUUAUCUAUACAAAGCAAGGAGAAGAGACUGUCCCUUUUUCCUCAGAACCAGCUGCAAGUAAAAAGCCUGAGCUUGCUGAGGACCUGCUGAGUUGGCUGUAUGGCUCUUUUCUUCUGACUGCUGCUGAAAUAACAGGUUACGUGUGAUUCCUUUAGGACCUGUUGAUCCAAACGACGGCGUUUCUGUUCCGUUCUCAUCCACACUGUUGUCGCUCUCGGUUAUGUUUUGUUUAGGAGUUGGCUGUUCUGACAUGGGGGUUUAUUUUCAAUAGGCAGUUGCAGAGUGUGGAGGUGCAGUGCCCUGCUCAGCCCUGAGCUGAGCACAGGACAAGUGUUCUGCUGCCCAGGAUCCUGGGUAGCUACAUGGAUGAUGCCUUAUGCCUCCUUGCUGAUGUGCUGUACUUGUAAAAUAUGGUUAAUGGGUAGGUUUUAUUUACUUCAGGUAUCAGGUAAAUUGUUUUAUCUGGAAGGACACACUCCAUCAGUUAGCAAGAAAGCUCUAUUUCACAGCUGCAAUCUUUGGGAAUUGCAGCCUUGAAAUACGACUUUUAAACAUUAGUUGUCAUGUUCCAGUAACUUCACCCAUCAAAUCCACUUCCAUUUCCAUCUUCCUGUUUGGAACAGUCUUGAAAAAUGAAGGCUUAUAUUUAAAACGCAUUCUUAGGAUGGUUUAUUUUUAUUUAUUUAUUUACCUUCCCCUUUCUCAGGUCUCUUGGUGGCUGUUACUAAAAAGUAAAAACAGCAUCACAAAAUGGCCAAGGGAGACAUUUCAGCAAACAGUUUAACAGGAGCUUGUUUUUCAUGCAAUAGCCAUAGCAAUAUCCAAUUUCCUGCAGGAAAAAAAGUGCCCAAGUCUUCACCCUCUCCCAGGGCUGAGACGACACCAACCACCGCUGUCACCAGUGCUCCCAGCACCUUGUCCCUGCCAUAAAUCACGUGCAAAAGUGCACCACGCAGAGGAGCUGUACUGUUCCAGCCCACUCCAAGUGGAGCAUUUUAUCCCUCAGUACUCCAUAUCAGACCUGGUGCGUUCCCACCACAGCCCAGAGCCUUGGGUGGAGUGUUUUCCAUUCCCACCUUUUCACGCUCCCGAUGCUGGUGCAGGGCCAGCGCUGUGGGUGCAAGUGGCAGCGGUGACAAGGGACAGGAGAGGGCACUCUCUUGCUUUCAUCUCUGACAGUCUCUUUUUCCUUACCCUGGGAGUCAGAAAUGCCUUCAUGGGGAGGGGAGGGAAAGGUGAGAGCACAGAGCAAAGGGUUUCAUCAGAGUUUACUUAAGGAAUCACACUGUGGCCAGCAAUCCCACUUUUGCUAGAAGUUGGCAUUACCGGAGAGAAGAAAGAAAAACAUACCAAAAAAAACCCCAAAACAGAACAGAACUAUUACCCAAAAGGAUUUUUCCCCUCUUCAUUUUGAGUGUUAAAACCAGUGACGUUUUGCAGAUGGGCCAAGAUCUCAUUUUUCCUACUUAUAUCCAGGUCUCUGCCAGAAACUGCUGUAGCAAUUGUUUAGACUAAAUAUCCAGGCCUGUCUUGACAUGGAGAUACAUUUAUUAUCUUUGUCGAUGCUUCCCUCAAGAAGUCCAUUGGGUCAUCCAAAGAUUAUCCAAUCUGCUUUCCAAAAAGGGAGGAGAGAGAUACGUUUAUACAUACAGAGCACCGAUGUCUUCUCCCACUCACUGCUUUCAGAUAAGCAGGCAACUUGUUUGAGAAAAAUCCUUUUAAAAAAGGAAUUUGUCGAGAAGCUUUUAAAAAAAAAAAAGCAAACCACCAGACAGGAAAGAUAACCUUUGGCAGAGUCAUUAGAAAUCCUGAAGUCUAUAAACCUGGGACAUGUAAGACUGCCCAUGAUGCCAAGACCUCCUGUCUUUACCGAUCUCCUGUGUCAGUAGCAGCCAGAAGGGCACACACACAGCAAGGGGUGGUAUUUGGAGAGGAAAAGCCAUCACAGAACAUCUGGUGCAUGGGCAGGUUAUACUGCAGACAGCUUCCCUUAGCCCGGAGUUCCUGCUAGUUCAGUCACAUUCCCUAGGUUGUUUUUAUAGGUUUUUGCCAGCUCGUGUGGAAUCCACACAUCGUCACGGCAUUACUAGAGGUGGGGGAGGGUGUGUUGGUGUGGCAUUUAGACAGAGCUCCACGUGUGAUGAUGUGGUUGUUUGUACAGUACUCAUUGAAACCUUCUUAUAGAAACUACCCCUGGAUUUAGGAGCACAUUCACCCCAAGACUGAACAUGUUGGGUCUGAAAUGGCUCCACCUGACAAGUCAUAGAAUGGUUUGGGUUGGAAGGGACCUUAAAGAUCAUCUCAUUUGAAUGCCCCUGCAAUGGGCAGAGACACCUUCCACUAGACCAGGUUGCUUCCAAGCCCUGUCCAACCUGGCCUUGAACACUUCCAGUCCCUUGGGUUCUUUGUAUUUCUGUACUCCUUUUCUCCUCCCCCAGGCCCCCCAGACAAACAAAUCUGGCUUGCACUUUGUGAAGGUGUAAAGUUUGCUGUGCCCGGGUAGUAGAGAGCCACAGCAGAUAAGCACACACAGAACAGUGGGACAGGUGAGAUAUGUUUGAACAAGGAGUGAAAUACCAUUAGCACUUGAGAUUCAGGCUCUGACUCAGACUUUUAUCUUCUCCAAGCUGCCACCUGCCCACUUUAAAUGGCCUUGGGGCCUCAAGGCUUGGCAGGAAAUUCAUUAUUCCGAUGCUGUUUGAUCACUGUGCACUUUCUUGGGGCUUGAAUCACUGGAUAUAGAGACAGGAAUGGGGUUGCAGAGCUUUAUGUCAAAGUGUUUUCCCAUUUAUGUCCAAAUCUCUAGAUCUGGGCAUUUCUGCUACCAUGGAAUGGUGGCAUUCUGCAGUUGGGGCACCCGGAAAGUGCCACCAGCACUCCCCCUUUGAUGCCAUUACACCCCUGGGCAAGUGCUGGAACCUGUCACGGUGCAGUGGGAGCUCUCAGGUAGCAGAGAGGUGCAAGAGCCCCAUAUUAUGGUUUGUAGCUGGUCACUUUGCCACUCUUGGGAUGGAGUCCGUCCUCUGGUUUGGGAUCUGCUGUCAGUUUAGGGGUAGGACCACCUUACACAGCUGUGUUUGAGUUACCCUCGGUGUGCUACGGUUAUCGGAUCGUUGCUUUUAAUUCAGUGUCUCCUUGGAGAUUCACCCUGGAUUUUUGUUCCACACCUCUUGUUAGCCUCACCUUCACCACUCCACUAUUUUAUAUGAGAAAGUUACUUCUUCUUUUGCAAACUUGCUUCUGAUUAAAAGAAA